AUGGCAGAGGAGCUUCAGAUUCCUGUUGCAGAGACGGUUCAAGGGAUCCAAACCGGGUCUGAGGAUUUCGGGUUCUGCGUCGACCCGGUUGGUGUUUCUCAUGUACCAGGGAUUAGGAGAGUGGGUUUGAGAGCUGAGAUCGAUACUUCUCCUCCUUUCGGGUCGGUUCAAGAGGCUGUGACACGAUUCGGUGGUCGUGGGUAUUGGGUUCCUUUCAAGCUCCAAGACAAUGGUGAGGGAGAAUUUGACAUAAAGAGAAUGGAAGAGCACGCGGCGGAGCUUGAGAAGGAUUUGAUUGUGAAAGAGUUAGAAACUUUGGAUGUUCUUGAAGCACUUGGAUCGACGAAAAGGAUCGUUGAAGAUUUAAAGCGGCAGCUUCAUGAAGAAUCCUUGAGAUGCACUGAGAAUCUCAGUUCAGAUAUCAAAGAGAUGAACGAUGAGGAUUGUCAUCGCAAUCCGAUGUCAUCUCCUGAUAUGAUCUUAAUGGAAUUGAAGCAAGCCAAGAUGAAUCUUGGUAAAACCAUGGAUGAUCUUGUGAUGAUCCAAUCAUCUGUUGAAUCUUUGAAUAAGAAAAUGAAAGAAGAGAAAGAUUUCCUUGAGAAGACACGAGCGAAGCUCACGUAUGGGUUUGGAGGAGCGAUGUCUCUAGCUGAGGAGCUUAGUCGAAUCAGGGUAAAACCGCAGGUUCUUGAUGAAUCGCUAAGGGAACAGGUUAAGAUGGUUGCUGAAACCGAUGAAACGGGUUUAAACCAGCAGAACAAGAACUGUCUGAGAACUGCAGAGAUGAGAUUGGUAGCUGCUAGGAAAAUGGAAGAAGCUGCAAAAGCAGCUGAAGCGCUAGCGAUUGCUGAAAUUACAAUGUUAUCAUCCAACGGCGAAAGUGAGGAUGAUGCGGAAUUUUGCUUUCCAGAGCCUCCAAGAUCUCCCUUAACACCGAGAGGACUAAGAAAUGAAUAUGACUUCUCCACCAAUAAUAGCUCAAGAAGAGGGAUUUUGAAGAAGCUUGAGGAAGCUACCGAAGGAGUUAAACAAAGCAAACAAGCUUUAGAAGCAGCGUUAAACCGAGUAGAGAUUGCUAAUGUGAAGCAACUCGCAGCUGAGAAUGCAUUCCGCGGGUGGACUAAAGACUCAUCGAAAGGCGAUAACUUUACGCCUUUGAAUCAAACCCGACGCUCCUUUUUCAGCCAUUUGCACAAGCAGCAUGAGACACUAGACAAUCUCCCAAAGCCAAUGUUAAAGCCUAAUGUCUCUAUGCGUGAUGUUCUAAGGCGUAAGCAAGUUCCAAAAGAAGAUGUUGUUGUCCCUCAGAGGCAGAGUCUUGAAGGGCAAAUGCCGAGGCGGAAUGCGAAUCUGAGCCAAAUGUUGAAGGAAUUGAAGCAGGAUAUAAAGUUUUCGACACGAGCCGAGAAAGAGGAAGUGCAGGAAGAGAAACAGUUCGUCACACAGAGGAGAAAGUUUGGUUUCAUUCACAUUACACUUCCAAUGCAUAAACAGAGUAAGAAAAAAUCCAGCCUUUAA